GCAACAUCAUGUUUCUUGUCACUGUUGGGCAGGGGUGUGCCUCUGUGUGCCACCAGCAGAGAUGAUGAGUUACGCCAUGCAGCUGUUGAUUCACCGUGGGGAUUUCUGUCAUGGCUGCGCACUGCUCCCCCUGGCCCGCAUGUUCCUUCUCCGCACGCUGAGUUCAGGUCCCCGUGUGAGCCGCAGCCUUCGGGAGAGCUACCAGCUGCUACAGCUUGAGCUUCCGGAUGAGGGCGAGAGUAGCCCUGCGCAGGUGAAAGAAGCCUACCUAUGCAUGGCCAAGCUGUACCAUCCAGACUCGGGCGCUGCUACGGCAGACAAGGCGCUGUUUGCACUGGUAGAGGAGGCAUACCGCGCCGUGCUGGCACACCAGUCCCGGCUUCAGAGCCGUGGGGGUUCGAUGGAAGACGAGGAGGACGAGGAGAAGGUGAAAGGCGUGGCUCCUCAGCACCGCCACUACCUGAGCUACGAGGGCGUGGGCUCGGGGACGCCCAGCCAGCGUGAGCGCCAAUACCGGCAGUUCAGAGUGAAUUGGGCGGUGGAGCAGGUCCUUGACUACCGCCAGAAGGAGCAUGAGACGGCGGCUGCAGCCGAGGGGGCGCUAGUGGAGAGCGUCCGCCAGCGAAGCCGGCAGAUCAAGGUCACGCAGGCGGUGGAGAGGCUGGUGGAAGACCUCAUUCAGGAAUCCAUGUCCCGGGGAGACUUCCGCAACCUGAGUGGCGCCGGGAAGCCCAUCAACAAGUUUGAGCACAACCCGUACGCCGACCCCAUGACCCACAACCUCAACCGCAUCCUCAUAGACAACGGCUACCAGCCACCCUGGAUUGUCACGCAGCGCGACAUCAGAGAGGACAUCGCGCAGAUCCGAGAGAGACUGCUGCAGGGCCGGGCGCGGCUCGCCGACCCCAUGACCCCCAGGGAGCAUGCUCAGUGGCAGCAGCUGUGUGGGGCGGUGGCGGAGGACCUUAAGAAGCUCAAUAAGACGGUGGAUAACUUAAACCUGAUUGCGCCCAUGCUCACCAUGCAAAUGGUCCACUUCAGUUUGGAGCGCGAGAUCGACCGCGCAGAGAAAGCAGCCCUUCAAGGCAGACAGGAGAGGAAGAUGGAAAGAGUGAGGGAGUGGGAGGAGCAGAGAAGAGAAAGAGAAAGGGAGAAGAGAGAUACAAUUAAAACACCUCAACACUCUAGGCAAGGCGGCCUGCUGGCAUGGAUGCAGAAUUUACUCAAAUAA